UGGGAUUUCUGCUACAACCUCAUAGAUACUUUUGUAAAUCUUUGGAAGCUUCGAGCUUAAGUAAUUUAACUACAAUUAUUCCCACUGAAACCUACAACCUUUUUUCUUGAUCCAUCAUAAAUUCCAGCUUCUGCAUAAAUCCGUCUCAGUAACAACCUCAUCUUCACAAACAAAACACCCGCUCAGCAUCAACCACUUUUCUUUUAGAAGGCACACCAUAAGUACCAGCUACAUUCGAAGGAUCAAGUCAAAGAUAUCUUCAAAAUGGCCAACAAAGAAGCCGCACUCCCAGGAUGCGGGGAACCAACCUCGAAAACAUAUAAAACGGUGAUUCCAGAACUUGGACGUCUGCUUCUUGGUCAACACUUACCAUCCAUAGACGGAAAAGCUGUUACAGUGGAUGAAUUUGCCUCUGCAGUGGAGAAAGCAACCGCUCAAAUCCAGAGCAAGAAGGUAUUCCUUCAACUCCAAAUUCUUCGACCAGAUUAUGUACAGUUCCUUGUCGACCGUGAAGCAUGGGAGACUUUUUGUAAGCAUAUAAUUUAUCAUGUCACAUCUUUAAAGUAACACUGAGCUAAUUUUCCUUCAAUAAAGGCGGAGGACCAAAUGAAAAGGAACAUGUAAAUUACAGAGCCUUUCCUGCAAAAGAUCCUCGAAUCGACAAUCCCCUUCCUCAAUACUUCGACCCCGGCACACUCACACCCGACAGCUAUGGUCUCAUAUACCGCGACAAUGUACACCCUUCCUGCCCUAAUUGCAAUUGUGGCGCCAUAUCCUCACGAUCCGAUUACAAAGAUCAAAAACCCUACCGUGAUGGUGGCAUUCGCGUAACCACCCCUGAAGAAGAAUUUGCGGCUUUUCGCGUGAGACUUGAAGCUGAGUCUAAGAGAUUGGGUUACAAGAAUUCUGAUGAGCGUUGGGAGAAAGAAUGUGCGCUUCAACAGGCUGAGGAUGCAGAGAACGAAAGACAGGAGGUUGAGGCGAUGAAAUUGGCUAGGCUGGAGUCAGAAGCGCAGGCAAGGGUGAGCAUGACAGAUGUGAAGAAGAAGAAGGGAAACAAGGUUGGGAAAUACAUAUCCCGUUGUUCCAACAUGUAAGGAAGGAAGGUGGAGUCAGGUUGGGACAUGUGACUGUUUUCGCGGUGACUUAGCAUAAUCUUCAUGAGAUGCAGUGAAGGCACUGGGGAGUUCUGUGUCGAUGCUUUAUCAUACUUCUGUAUUUCCUUUUAUGCUAUCUACUAGAGAUGAUAAUAUCAAGCCCCCA